GUUGAGGCUGCUGGAGACACGGACCGCUGCUGCUGCUGCUGCUGAUGCUGCGGCUGGGGUGGAGGGUCCAGGGCAUGCUCGCCUCACAUCAGAUGAUCAUGCUCCCGAGCCGUGGAGUCACCGGGGGCAGACACGCACCGAGCUCAGUGUCAGCGUACAGAGAUGUGUCCUGCUAUUGAAGACGCCAGGGAGCAAAGGCCCAUCUGGUCCUUGACGGGUCCCAAAACAGGCAGGCAGUGAUGGCGAAGAGAGACUACCUGGUGGAGGCGGCCAAGCAGAUCCGCAUGGCCCUGGACAGCGAGGUCAACGAGGACUAUGAGGCGGCUUUCAGUUACUAUAAGAACGGGGUGGACCUGCUCCUGAAUGGGGUUCAGCUGGACCCAAACAAGGAACGUCGGGAGGCAGUGAAGAGGAAGACAACGCAGUAUCUUAAGAGAGCUGAAGAGAUCUUCAUAACGCAUCUGCAGGAUAACCUCGGGAAGGGAAGCUCUCAUUUAGGGGGUUACAGCAGUCUGAGAUUCCGUCCGAUCAGACACUUGAGUUCGCCCGUGGAGGACCUGGAGAUGUGUAAGGUGGUCGGAGUGACUGAUAAGGUCCUGAUUGUCCAAAGUAUGGUCAAUAAGGAGACAUUUGUUGUUAAGAGUCUGGUUAAGUCGAGCUGGGAGAGCAGGGACCGGCCAACCAUCAUUCCUCAGGGGGUGCCGUACAUGGUUAAGCUGCUAAGAUAUUACGUCAGCGAGGAUGCCGUGUAUCUGCAUCUCGAGCAUGUCAAAGGUGGGAGGCUGUUCUCCAAGCUGCACAAGCUGAGAAACGAGAAGGCCAAGGAACACCCAGAAUGCCUCACUUCUGGCCAGCACACCAUCAAGCUGAAGACCAGCUACACCUCACCCACCAUCAGCACAGACUACCAGCACAACAGCGGAGGGAGCACACGCCUGACUCCACAGAAGAUAACCGAUGAGAGCCCGGAUACGGACUUCCCCACGUCUUGGGACGAGACUCAGCAGCGACUUGAGAACUGCGGGACUCACUCCUACAUCGAGGAGACGGGCUGUCUCCAGAACACGCGCUCCGCCGCGUCAUUUUAUACCAAGCUCGAUCGGCUAACUCUCCAUUCUGGCUCGACGAGGACACAGCUCAACACCCGCAUCCACCCACCAGCCCCCAGUUUGUGUUUGCACUCCAGUGAAACUCAGGAACAGCCUGCCCUUCCUCUCUCCUGUGCCCGUGUCAAUCGGGCUCUCAAUGUCAUGUCGGAGAUCCAUACAAAGAAAGCCGGAUUGGGACUGACGGAGUGCAGCUCAGAGUUCGAAGAGGCUUGGAAAGCUGCCGAUCGAGCACAAAACUGUGAGAAAAUAAACCCCUAUGCAGUGACUGACAGCCUUUCGCUUGGACAAACGGAACCUCAUACAAGUCAGACCUCAUUUCUAAAAGCAGGAUCACCGAACAGUGAAAAUAAUGGUUUGAGUUCGUCCCCUGCCAUUUUGCAUCUUCCUCUCCAUUGCCAAACCCAGAUCCGUGGCAGGGCAUCAUGGGAUACCAGUGGCUCUCAGCAUGGAUCUGUUUUGGGCAGCACCGCCGCUGUAGACAUGGUCACAGACUCAAAGCAGGACAAAAGCAGUCCCGACACAGAGGAAAGAAAUGGGGUGGUGGUCAUCAGGAGCACAGACAGAGCAGUAUUUUCUGACCACACUGACACUAGGACCACCUCAGAGACCUCCUGGCCUUCCUCUGCUGCCCUCUGCCACAGCAUCGCAGCCAAACAGGGGACAUUUUCAGGGGUCAUCCCUGACGGCGUAGAGGAGGCCUGCGAACUGAGUCCUAAAGAGAAGGUGGCGCCCGCGAAAUCAUUUGCGAGCUGGUUCUCCUCUGGAGCCCCACCUCACAGGAAGAGAGAGGACACGGAUGCUAUCAUUAAAUCAGAGGACUCUGUGGGACAGGGGGAAGAGCAGAUCAUAGAGGUGGAUGGCUGGUGCCACUUGCCUCGGUUCCCUGCCAAGUCCUCCCCGACAGAUAAGGCCAUGCAGACCUGCUGGGGGCUUCCCGAGGCAGAGGUGCGUGUGUGGGGGGCUCAGAUCCUGCUGGCCCUGGAGAGUCUGCAUCAGCAGGGCAUCGUGUGUCGAGACCUCAACCCUAGAAACGUUCUGCUCACCAGCAACGGGAAGGUGUGUUUGACAUUUUUCGGCCAGUGGAGCGAGGUUCAGUCAGAGAUUUGCUCCAGAGCCAUGGAGCAGAUGUACUGCGCUCCAGAAAUUGGAGGUGUAUCCAGGGUAACAGAGGCGUGUGAUUGGUGGAGUCUUGGGGCCUUGUUGUUUGAACUCCUAACUGGAAUGCCGCUGUGGCAGCUCCAUCCAGCAGGAAUCCACUCCCACACCCAGCUGCUCAUCCCCGACCACCUGAGCACCGCAGCUGCGUCUCUGCUCACUGAGUUGCUCCAGUUCGACGCCGGCUAUCGCCUGGGCUCUGGAGGUGGAGGAGUGAGUGACAUCAAGUGUCAUCCCUUCUUCAGCAGCGUCUCCUGGAAAGCUCUGAGCUGCUAGCAGGUUGCAGCUGCUGCGCCCCUCAUCUCUCUGUGCUGCAUGGGAAGUGAAGCGGAACCUUGAAUCUGAGCAUCCUCGUGAGGCCGCAAUGGAUGCAGCACCAGAUCCUGGUUUCCCUUUGCAUUUUGUGCUUCCCAAAGAAAAAUCUCACAAUAAAACUGAAAAAUGACAAAACCGA